UACGACAGGCUGAGCGAUUCUCAGGACCUUGUUGCUGACUGGCCGCUGGAAACCAGGGCUGUGCCUUCUCUCCGUGGCUGUUCUCCUCCAGAGGUCUCUUGUGUGCGCGGGGGAAGGAAGCGACAGGUCCUCUGGCACUCAGGAUGGCAAAUAAGGAAAACGGGACUGGUAGCUGCAGCAGCCUUUCCAAAUACCGGGUCGCCAGCACAACGGGCUCUCAGUGGGCUCUCGGCAAGAGCAGCUGCACCCCGGCCAGCACUCCCCUGGGGUCCCUCUUGAUGCAAAGAGCCAUCACCAACAGUGCGAAGAGCAACCUGAAGUCUUCUUGCAGCCGGAACACAGCUGCCCCAGGCAGGGUGCCUAUCGAGCCCAGCGCCCAGCCAGCACAGGCAGUGACCCGGAAGGUCUUCACCAUCGACGACUUCGAGAUUGGGCGGCCGCUCGGCAGGGGGAAGUUCGGCAGCGUCUACCUGGCCCGAGUCAAGGAGACGCAGUUCAUUGUGGCUCUCAAGGUGCUUUUCAAGUCACACCUGGAGAAGGACGGCCUGGAGCAUCAGCUGCGGCGGGAGAUUGAGAUCCAGUCGCACCUCAGACACCCCAACAUCCUGCGCAUGUACAACUACUUUGAUGAUAAGAAGCGAGUGUACCUGAUCCUGGAGUACGCCCCUCGCGGGGAACUCUACAAGGACCUGCGGAAGUACCAGCGGUUUGAUGAGACAAGAAGCGCCACGUACAUGGAAGAGCUGGCCGAUGCGCUCAUCUACUGUCACGGGAAGAAAGUGAUCCACCGUGACAUCAAGCCAGAGAAUCUGCUGAUGGGGAUGCGGGGGGAGCUGAAGAUCGCUGACUUUGGCUGGUCGGUGCACGCCCCCUCGCUCAGGAGGAAGACCAUGUGUGGCACCCUGGACUACCUGCCUCCCGAGAUGAUCGAAGGCAAAUCCCACGACGAGAAGGUCGACGUCUGGUGCAUCGGAAUCCUCUGUUACGAAUUCCUGGUGGGGCACCCGCCUUUCGAGAGUCCCUCUCACUCCGAGACGUACCGUCGCAUUGUAGCG